AAAAAGUUCCGGCACUUCAAGAACCUUUGGCGCAUGGCAAGAUCAGCUUUCAAAGAACAUUGGAGAACCCACUGUUCUCACUGUGACAUUGGUCAGACAUUGGGUUUCCAGAGUAAUCAGUUUGGAAUUUGCUGGACUGGACUCGGAGGACUCCCUUGGAGAUUCCCUUGACAAGACCUACGAACAGCUCACCGAGACCUUGGCAGCCAUUGAAGAGAGUAACAAGACAACCAAGACCUCCAUGGAAUUGCUUUUGGAGGUAGUGGUGAUGGCCAAGCAUUUGACAAGGCGCCCCCAAAUACAGUGGAAAAGAAGUGGCCCACACUCAGCUCAGCUCCCCACCCUCUGGCAUGAACUAGCUAAGUGUAAGAAGCACAAAUCAAUUGAAAUUGCACAGUCCCUGCUGGACAAUGAGGCAUACAAGCUGAACCUCAACUUGGAAUUUAUGGUUUCAGCCUGA